AAGCAAGUGGUGCUGAUUAGAUCAUGAGCGGAGUACCCGAAAUAAAGUUCCUGGACCGAAUUAUUGGACCGUACGUAGAUGGAGCCGAGUUAUCCCUCUACGAAAGUCGUUAUUUAACCAAACCUGGCGAUAACUAUGGAAGUAUUAUGCUGGCUAUCAAUGCCAAAAUCGUCCGAGACCAUGGCAGCGUAGAGGAACUGCCUUUAAUUGCGAAACUGCCCCCGCUUACCAACGAUCUGUAUUGGCAGCUCUUCCAGCCCGAACGCACUUGCAUUAGUGAGAACGCCGUCUAUAAAUAUUUGGCACCAGAGCUGGAAAAGUUGCAGCUCGAGGUUGGAGUCCUGCCUUCGAAACUUUUCGAUGGGUUUUCACGUUACUACGGUUCGAGAAUUUCCUUAGAUGAGCAAGCAACUACUGUAGAUAGAGAUGCAGUACUCGUGCAGGAGAACCUAACGGUUCGCGGCUAUAGGCCUGGAAAUCGACACAAAGCAUACGAUUUAGCACAUACGGUUCUCAGCCUACACUACUUGGCUAAGUUUCACGCUUUGCCCAUUGCCUUACGGUUGAAAAAACCGGAGACCUAUAACAAAUUCGUGCGACCAUAUUUCAAAAAGUUCAAUAUGAAUGCCAGCAUGAGUGCGGAGGCCAAGAAUGUUAUGAAUGAAGAAAAUUUGGCCGAUAUCUAUACAAUUACUAAUAAUAACGAAAUUGAUGUUAAAAGAGUCCAAGAAUUGCAGGAACUCUUUGAUGCCUAUCAAGAGAGUGCAGAUGUGGAUGAUGGUCCGUUUACGACUAUCGUUCAUGGUGAUUUGUGGAUCAAUAACAUGAUGGUGAAAUAUGACGAUGUGGGGGUGCCGACUAAGUUGAAAAUUGUUGAUUUUCAAAUCGCCCAAUAUGAGUCGCUGGUUCAUGAUCUGAUCUUCUUGUUUAUGUCGAGUGUGGAAACUUCGGUCCUGGAGCAGAAUUAUCAUAACUUUUUGAGAAUAUACCACAAUGUAUUUAUUCAGACGUUGCGAGAAAUUGCAGGCGUCAUAGAUACAAAUGAGUAUAGCUACGAGUCUUUCCUGGCGGAAGUACAACGUGUGGCGCCCAUUCAAAUUCCCCAUGCUAUAUUUAUGACAAAGGUUAUAAAAGCCGACAAUAAAACAAUUCCAGAUGAUUUUAAAGAUGUCGACUUCACUGUUUUGUCGAAGAACAAAGGAGUACCGGAAGUUAUGGAAAAACUUAGUGAUAUAAUAAAGUUGGCGAAGAAGUUUAAUAUUUUUUAUUAGUGAUAUAAAAAUUGCAACGGCAUUAACCAGAGAAUUCAAAAUUGCAGAUGCUCUAAAUUAGACGAUUUUUAUUGAACGUCAUGUGAUGCUUUAUUAUUAACCAACUCUACAUACCUACAUACAUAUUUAUAAAUGUAAUAUAUAUUUAAAUGUUCAUAUAAAAUAUAUAACAAUAGUGUAUAAUAACUUCGGAGCUCUUAACUUAAGAAAUAUACACUUUUUAACCGAUAA